UGGAUAAUCAAGGCGUACGCCCAGGACAAGAGUCGGACGUGCGAGUUUCUCGCCGAUCCAUGGUUGAAAGAUUGGUAUGUGAGGUUGACCAUUUACAGUGUUUGAACUGUUUCAAGUGGCUUUUAUCUGGCAUAAUUUUAUGAGUUAUAUAUUUUAUUCAAUUUCAAUGGUAAUGGACCAGAUAUAUCACAUAUGGCACUUAUAGACGUUAUAUGCAAGUACUGGAGCUUGUGAUAUGCGUAUCACUUUUCCCAGCUCGUGCAUGUCAUUUUUUCCCAGCUCAUGGACCCAUACUUUUCAAUCCACUGAUACCUUUUUACUGCUCCUCACACAACCCUUUAUAGCACCUAUUUCAAUUUAUCCUAAUAACCGUAUGUCCCCUGCUACAACUACAGUCAUUGACAACCAGGUCGUUCUCUGGGACAUCAGCUCCAAGUUGCCAAGCAAGUUCUGGUCCCCCAACACCAUGAAGGUGCGCGCGGUGCUAAACUUCAGGGGAAUCCCCUUUGAGAGCCGGUUUCUCACCUACUCCGAGUUCCCUGGAAUGCUCGAGCAGGCGGGCGUCCAACCAUGGCUGCAGGUACCUCGCUACACCUUGCCUGCCAUCUCUUACAACGGCAACGUGAUUAUGGGCAGCGACGAAGCUGUCGCGUAUUUGGAAAAGGCGUUUCCGCAUAACCCAAGCGUCUACCCUUCUCCCGAAGCCAUUACAGACUCGAUCUGCAUCCGCAACGCCAUUCCAGCGAUGUACUAUGUACUCGACGCCAACUCCGGCGCCUUCGUCUCGGGGAUCAUGGAAGAUGUCGACCGCGAUUACUUCGUGUCUAAGUUUUUGGAUAGGGGCCUUGCAGAUAUUCCAAAGCUUUUGAGCGACCCACAGCAAAUUCUGGCCAACUGGGCCCUGAUCCUGGAUUUUUUAAACAACUUCCAGGGGCUUACCUCUAAAGAUGUCACUCCCGAGCAGCUUGCUCGUUUGAAAAGCGGAAAGUACUUGUUCGGUGAUUAUUGCAGCUAUGCCGAUCUCCUCUACUUUAGCUUGAUUUUCUGGACGAUGACCGCCUAUAGUCAAGAUAAGAGUCGGACGUCUGAAUUAAUUACCGACGCGUGGUUGAAGGAUUGGUACAGACGAAUGGCCAUCUACGGGGUAUAACCCGGGAGCUAUUGGCAUAGAUUCCUGGAUAUAGAAUGUAUCGGGUGGUAUUUUUCAAAAGUAAAGGUUCCACGUUGAAUCGUCUCCGUGUACAUUGCCUAUAUCUUUGGUUACUCCAAGCCCGAUCCUGACUGCAAUUUUAAAUCCCAGUCCGCUAUCUUUAUCGACCAUAAAAUUGAUU